AUGCGGGCCUGCGCUUGGCUCCUGGUACCCCUGGCGACAGCGCAGCGCGAGCCAUUUGCUUUGCCGGCCAGCUUUGAAGGCACGUGGCAGGGUGUGCCCUACGCAAGUGUUGUGGGACCUUGGUCGGAGAACUUCACGUUUGCAAUCACCAAGUUGCCCGAGCAGGACUACCUGUUUCAGGCGAACCUGCCUUUCGAUGCAUCUCCAGAAUUCAGGCAAUACUGGAGCUGGCAACGAUCAUACCUUCGAGUGUCUGGCGAAGACCGUGGGCGUCUGCUGCAUUGCCCUGGGCCGCGUGACCCCAAGCGCAAGCGGGUUGCCAUGAUGCAGGCGCACACCGUGUCAGACCGCGAGGUGACCUUCUGCCUCAGGAAGUGGCCCGGCUAUGACGAAUCCAAGCAUCCAUUCCCGUUCCACAGCCUUGGCUGCUACAAAGCUGACGCGGAGGAGGGCUGCGGCUGUUUCAACUGGACCCUCCGUGUGGAUGAGUCUGGCACGAGAAUGGACUACCAAGUCUCCAUGGCAGGGUCACCCUUUGAGCUGCGCUCAAGGCAUGUUUGGGCAACCCUCCAGAGGAUUCCAUACGUGGCAGCAGUCAACCUCGAAUUCCCAGGAUCUGGCGCCCACUUCGAUUGCGACUACCAUAAUCGGGAUGAGCAUCAGACUGAACUGGCUCGCUGCCCCUUUGCUUUCUACUACCGGCCCCCUCCAGAGACUAGUAUCGUGGCAGCGAGUGCCUUCAAGCAUUGCUACAACCUUGACGCGCAGGUGGGUCUGGUUUUGGAGUGGGAUAUAGAUGAGCAAACCUCGUCGUUGCACGUCCAGAUCUCCGCUCUUUCAGAUGUGGCAGAGUACGUGUCACUUGGAUUCCGACCGCUGGGUGGCUCGUCCAGUCUGGCAGCCCGAAAAGCAAACACGGGCAGGGAACAGCGAUUCGGUAUGGCUGGCGCGGACAUUGUCUUGGGAAGUGUGACAGGAGGUGUUCAGCAGUACUACUCCAGUGCAUACUCCGGAGCUCCUGAGCCCGAUCAGUCCUUGACAAUUCGUGAUGCAUCAGUGGAGAGGCGAGGUGGAAGAGUUUUCCUGCGAUUCCGGCGGCCGUUAAUAGGAGGGUGGCUCUACUCGCACCAUGGCAUCACAGCUUCCAUCGCCUCGAACGUAUCAGACAUGAUCUGGGCUGUUGGAACUUGGAGUGGGGUGGAUGAAGCACCUUCAUACCAUGGAGCCCUACGUGGGUGGAGGGAAGUGAACUGGACUGAUCCCGAGUUCGACUCGCGCCCGCUCCUGUCCCUGCGCCCGUACAGGUGUGGUUUGACCAUCUACCCCUGA